AUGAUGGGCAAUUCUUAUAGAGGGGUUCCAGGAAAACCCGAUGUCUCGGUUAGGAGGAGGGAGAGAGAUGGGAGAGAAUGUUUAGGGACAACUGAAGGUGAAUAUGGAAUCCUAGAGAUGACGCAGUAUUUUCUAGCUAUACAAUUAGUAGAAUAUAUCACAGAUCUAGACGAAUGCAACAAUCCCAAAAUCAUCAGCAGCGAAACAUCCCAUUCAUCCACUCAUCCAUUCACCAAUCCAAAUCCCUCAACUCCUCAACUCCUCAACCCCAAUACUCAAUAUCCAAACCCCCUCAAACACCGAAAAAUGCCUUCAUCCACCACCCCCACAUUCGUCCACUCAGAAACCAUCCACAUCGGCAACUGGCUUAUACAGCGAGGUGAAGCAAUUUUUAUGUUUAUCGUAGGAAUGUUUCUCGGAUUAUUUUUCUUCCUUUUUACUUUUAGGGUUUUUGAUGAGUUUAUUCGGCCGGUUUAUUUUGCUGGGUUGCCGGGUUUGAGGGAUAGGAAUGUGGAUGUGGAUGUGGGUUUGGGUUUGGGUUUGGAUAGGAUGGGAGGGAGGGGUGGGAUGGAUGGGAAUUUGAGAGGGGGGAGGGGGGGUAGUGAUGCGGUGCCGGUGCCGGUGGAUAGGUUUAGAGGGGUGGUUUGA